AUGACGUGCAACGUGCCCUUCGUAGUGCUGGUGCUUGCCUGCGGGACGUUGGCGUGCGAAGGCGCUGGCUCCGGCCGGUGUUCAGUGGCCAAUGAGACCACGGGGCUUCUCCAACUCCACGCUGCCGGGAGGCUCCCAAACGCCACUUCGUUCUUGCAAAGGGCGGGGCAUUCGAUGGCAACCGGUGCGGCUGGGACCUACACUGUGUUUGAGGAUUUCGAGGACAACCUGUGGCUCAUCCGCUUGGAGUUUCUGGGAACAGAAAGCGACGAGAAGGGGCGGGUUACAGACAGCAGCACCAGUGGCAGCGGUGGCGCUGAGGGCUCGGCAAAGUUCCUGACUGGAAUGGUCUUUCCUUACAAGAGCUCGUUGUGGUUCUCUUAUUUCAAACCCUCAAUGUCGCCAGUCACCAGCCAAGUGGGCACGACUCUCCAGACUUGGGUGCGCUUCCCGGGGCCCUCUACAGCAGACAACUACAAGAUUGGCCACACCAUGAUCGGCUUCGACUCUUCCGCUGCCGGGAGCAAGCUGCUUUUCCUGGAUUCCUCCGGAGCGGACUUGCUGUACUACUUCAUGUUCCUCCCUGGCUGGUCAUUGCCAGGAAGGAUAACCCCUCCAACGUCGGCACGGAAGACAACAUCGCUGGCGCCACUGCUCAACCAGUGGUUGAGAGUGCUGAUCAGUGUAGAAUCCGCCAGUAUCGCCACGGCGAGGGUGUACAGUGAGGGCGGAUCUCUGCUUCUCUACACGUCGCAAGACUUCUCAGCCUUGGGUACGCAGAUUUCAUCGUCCGGCACUGCAGGCCUGCGGGUCUACUAUGUUCGCGAUGUCGACCAGCUGGCGACCUGUAGCAAUGGGGUAGCCGGGGUAUCAUCCCAGACAAUCGCGACAGAUCAAGGGCAGUGCACAUCAAACUUUCAAGCUCCUGCGAGCUGCAUCCCAGGCAUGACCUACACCUGCGACGUCCCAUCAGCCCUCCCGUUGGGGACACACAACCUGGUGUGCACAGGCUCCGACACUGCAAGCAGUGAGACCUACAGCUUCGAGGCCAGCUUCCAGAUUCACGUGACCGGAGAUGAGGAGCCGCCAGUGUUCACCCAGAGCUCAGACAUCGUGGUCAACACGAGCAGCGACAUCGCCCAGGUUAUGUUCCAUGUGGAGGUCACAGACAACUGUUCUGCAGUGGUGCCCUAUUGUGCUCCAGCUUCUGGUAGUUUGUUCCCGGUGGGUAGCACCCAGGUGAAGUGCAGUGCAGUGGAUACAGCCGGGAAUAUUGCCAACAUGAUCUUUCACGUCAAUGUCAGUGAGGACGACGUGGCCUCCAACUCCAGCAACACCGGGGACGGCUGCGGGAGCCAAGGGCCCGUGACCCCCCUGAGCUUCAGCAUGCUGCCAAACAUUACUGUGGCGGCCGAGCAGUGCACCGUAGCUCAGGUGACCUUCGAUGUGGCGGCCACUGGAGGUUGCGAACCAGAGACGGUGUGCGUGCCUCCGUCCGGGUCCAUCUUUCCGGUUGGCAGUUCCACGGUGACAUGCACGGCCACGGAUGUGUCUGGCAACGGUGCCAAUUCCAGCUUCCAGAUUCACGUGACCGGAGAUGAGGAUCCGCCAGUGUUCACCCAGAGCUCAGACAUCGUGGUCAACACGAGCAGCGACAUCGCCCAGGUUAUGUUCCAUGUGGAGGUCACAGACAACUGUUCUGCAGUGGUGCCCUAUUGUGCUCCAGCUUCUGGUAGUUUGUUCCCGGUGGGUAGCACCCAGGUGAAGUGCAGUGCAGUGGAUACAGCCGGGAAUAUUGCCAACAUGAUCUUUCACGUCAAUGUCAGUGAGGACGACGUGGCCUCCAACUCCAGCAACACCGGGGACGGCUGCGGGAGCCAAGGGCCCGUGACCCCACUGAGCUUCAGCAUGCUGCCAAACAUUAGUGUGGCGGCCGAGCAGUGCACCGCAGCCCAGGUGACCUUCGAUGUGGCGGCCACUGGAGGUUGCGAACCAGAGACGGUGUGCGUGCCUCCGUCCGGGUCCAUCUUUCCGGUUGGCAGUUCCACGGUGACAUGCGCGGCCACGGAUGUGUCUGGCAACAGUGCCAAUUCCAGCUUCCAGAUUCACGUGACCGGAGAUGAGGAUCCGCCAGUGUUCACCCAGAGCUCAGACAUCGUGGUCAACACGAGCAGCGACAUCGCCCAGGUUAUGUUCCAUGUGGAGGUCACAGACAACUGUGCUGCAGUAGUGCCCUAUUGUGCUCCAGCUUCUGGUAGUUUGUUCCCGGUGGGUAGCACCCAGGUGAAGUGCAGUGCAGUGGAUACAGCCGGGAAUAUUGCCAACAUGAUCUUUCACGUCAAUGUCAGUGAGUACGACGUGGCCUCCAACUCCAGCAACACCGGGGGCGGCUGCGGGAGCCAAGGGCCCGUGACCCCACUGAGCUUCAGCAUGCUGCCAAACAUUAGUGUGGCGGCCGAGCAGUGCACCGUAGCUCAGGUGACCUUCGAUGUGGCGGCCACUGGAGGUUGCGAACCAGAGACGGUGUGCGUGCCUCCGUCCGGGUCCAUCUUUCCGGUUGGCAGUUCCACGGUGACAUGCACGGCCACGGAUGUGUCUGGCAACAGUGCCAAUGCCAGGUUCGAAGUUUUGGUGACUUGUGAUGAUGUUCCUGGCGCCUAUCACCAUCGCCGUGGCAAGAAAGGAAAGAAGGAUAAAAAAGGCAAGAAAGAUGCAGAUGACUAG